AUGUCAACAUUGCUGCCAUCCUCUGUCAUGCAGGGAAUGUCACCCGAUCUCGCCUCAUUUCUGGGGAACAUGCAGGCCCAAUUCAUGUCACUACAACAACGUACCAAUGAACUUGAAUCUCUUGCCGCAACUAAUGCUAGAUUAACUGCUCAAUUAGUUAAUGCGGAAAAGCUAAUUGCUGAUCUCAGAUCUCAAUUAGCAUCUCAGGGCAAUUGCCAAAUUACAACAAAUGCAUCAACAUCAUCUGCACCAACCACACCCAAGGAGCCUGGCACUGAGGCUUCUACAUGGGCUACAACUGCUGCUGCUGCUCACAACUCUGUUGUUGUUCCUACUGCUCUUUCUGUUUGCAAGACUCCAAGACCUCCUUCUGUUCGCCAGGUUGCUGCUUCUGCUAGAAUGUUUGCCAUUCCCACUGGUCUCAAAGGAUAUCAAUAUGUGUAUAUCCCACGUUCACGUCGUCUCACACAUAGAGAAGUGCGCAACUCUUUGAAAACACUUGGUGUUGAUACUGGCCGCAUCUUGGAUAUCAAUUUUCCUGCCAAAGAUGUAGUUGGCAUCCUAGUUCACAACCAGUAUGCUGAGAAAUUCCAGACCACUCUGACCACAGUUGCCAUUGAGAUCUUAGAUGCGUUUGACCCUUUGGAUCCCAAAAACAUUGCAGAUCCCAAAUAUAAGUCUCUUUCUGAUUCAGAGCUAGAAGAAGUUGCUGCUGAACUUCAUUCUGAUCGUUGUAUGAAGGCUCUCAAGUACCUUCGUCCUCAUGUUGCUGUUCCUGUUGGUCAUUUCUUUUGUGAUCAAGGCUGGAUCUCUAAGGAAGAUAUUCCUGUCCAUUCUGUUUCUGGUCCUGGUGCUGGUAUUCAUGAUUUCCAAUCACCAUCUCGUCGUACCUCUCCUCGUGCAAUUUAUGAUGUUCUUCAACACUGUCACUCUCUACAUAUGCUUUUUAUCACUGAAACAUGGCUUCUUCCCCCAUCUCGUCUCCCCACUUCUUGGUCCCAGAUUCAUCUUUAUGGUUCACCUGUAGCUGGCAACUACAGAGGUUCUAUGGGUGUUUCUGUUCUUAUUUCUCCAUCUUGUCCUUAUCCUGUCACUCAGAUUCCUAUGUCAUCUAAUUAUGCUUUAGCCAUCAAGAUUGGUUCCCUCAGAAUUGUAUGCCUGUACUUACCGCCCUCUAUGUCCACCCAUGAUGCUCUUGCAGUUCUCUCAUCCAUUCCUUUGACCAAUGACACUAUUAUCUGUGGGGAUUUUAAUUCACGUUUGGGUUCACUUACUGGUGACUAUGUGGUAUUUCAGUGUCGGUGUUACAAUUAUGACAUCAAGUCAUAA